ACAAGGAAACUUCCGAAGAAAUUUAGCCGAAACAUGUCAACUCGGGAUCCAUUUAAGAUGAGUUUGAAACUCAAAGCUGGCACCGGUGCACUGGUUGCAGUGUGGCUACUGUCCCUGACGACGGUAGUGUCAUUUCUCCCUCCACAGAAUGGCCGCGCGACGAGAACCUCAUUAUCAAUCGGAUUGAAAUUGUCAUCUCAAACAGCAGCAAUCUGCGAAAUCACCAAGGAUUCGCCGAUUUCGAAACAAAGUACACGAUCAACCUGGCUCGAUAAGGGCUUGCUCUUGUCUUCUUUCACCGAUGGGCUCAAGACGAAUCCAAUCGUCGUCGAUUGGUUGAUGAGUGCCCUUGUCGAAAGCCUGUGGAAAGAAGAACAAGCGCAGGCACAGCUAGCAUUGAAAGAAUCGAAUCUUGCGAGUCCAUGCAAUGGUCCCGAUCCGGUCUUCCUUGAUCAACUGGAAGAGACAGAUCGUGCACUUGAAAACAUGAGAGGCGGCGAUUGGAAGAAAAACCUUCAGCUCUACUGCGAGACAAAGCGAGCGAGAAAUGGCGAAAGCAACCCGCUCAGUGUCGAUCUUCGGUUUUUGUACAUCCCCACCGCUAUGUAUGCCCUUCGACCGGAGUCGACAAGCACACCGGGAAAGCAAAGGGGACGAAAUCGCGCCGACGGAAAGAAACGACGAAACGAAAUCAUGGGCCUCCUACAACGUCAGCUGGAAGAAUUCGCAUCCAGUAGCGAAGGAAACGCAGACGUUUUGUAUUCAAUACGUACCGUCACCAUGGACUUCGACGAUUGCUCCGUCAAGCAACCCGAAAUAGUUACGAACAGCAAUAGCCUAUCCGAAACCGACGACGAAUUUCCUGAGGUACGUAUGUCAAAUUUUCUAAUGACAGUGUGAAUCUAUCCUCCUUGCUGCACUGGCAUACUGAAAAUUCCUCCACCUUAUCCGUGGUAAUUUCAAGAACUUCUCAAACCUCUGAUCAUUCAUUUUUGGCCUACUUUCUUAAUCCUAAUGCUUCUUCUCGGUGAUUCCGCGUUUCGUAAUCCCUUGGUCAUUCAAAUCAAACCGCUGCCAAUGGCGAGUACAGACGGGGAAGCAGGCAAUUCGUCAAUGGCAACCCCACUUCAUUUACGUACAAGGAGGCAAUACCUUUUGGUUGCACUAUUGCAUGGAGAAAGGAGAUUGGACAAAAGACUUGAUUGAUGCCUGUUGCUACAAUCCAAAUAACGACAACGAGAUAGAAUCCCCGUUUUCGGCUGUCUAUUGUGGAGUCAGUGCGGGUGCUAUUUUGGCAGGAGAAUCCAUGCAAACAGCUUGCUGGAAGGUGAGUGAAGUAAAUUGUUGCUUGAUCGAUGCGGCCCCUAUUAAAAUACUCACUAUCGCGAACUGCUUGAUUCUUAUCUGACAUUCCUUUUUCGAAAGGAAUGGGACAAUCCUUCUGUGGUUCCCGGAAAAGAGACCUACGAAGACUGGGCCGACGUCCGAGGCCUUGAUGUCGCUGGUCGAACAUCAAUAUUUCCUCACAUGACCGAGGAAUGGCAAGACGUGGCGGAGCGCAAAACGGAGGAACUCCUCGAGAGCACUUUGAACGCUGGGAACGAUGAUGAUUUACUGUCAUCAUCCGUGUGCUGUAUCCGAGACGAUCAAGCAUACAUCGUAAACGGGAGACGCCAGACUAUUGAGAUGCUUUCGUAGUAGAGCGUUGAAAACUGUAAUUAUUAGCUGCUACUUUUAUUCCAAAUCAUGCAAUCCAUCAUCAUUUUGUGCCCCCCGCGAUGAAUCCAUCCAGUGAUUCAGAUUGUCGUCAUGGCAACCUGGAUUCGCGUAUACCAGACUUUGAGGUUCAAGGUUAGCAGCUACAAAAGCACAACUGUGUCACUACUUAUCUUGAUCACUUCAUGAUACUUUGUCUUCAAAAUACCGUACACGCACUCGGUAAGUACCGUACUUGUACCUGUUAUUGCACUACUGGCAUUGAUUACAGUACGUACUCGUAUCGAAGCAGGAGACGAGGCAGUUAUAGAUAUGAGAUAGGUAUCGUACGUACUACUGUACCGUAUGAGUUACGGGUACAGGUACUCGAAUGAAGGACUCGGUUAGACACGAAUGAAUAAAAUUACUGCGCAUGC